GCUCCCUGCCUCCUCUCCUCUACCUUCCUUGUUUAUUUUGAUAGCGUCUGUUGAUGCUAAUAUGGCUUCAAGAGAAAAAGCAAUCUGUGAUGUUGUUGGCUGCGUUAAUCAACACAAGUCAUUGCAUAAGGUCCCAACUGGAAUUAAUGAAGACACACGCUCCAGGUGGAUGGACUUUAUUUUUGCUGGUAAUGCUUCAGCAAUACUGCCAAAGAAGCGUUUCUUGGUGUGCGCGCAUCAUUUCUCCAAAGAAAGUUUUUCCAACCUUGGUCAAUAUAAAAGUGGAUUUGCAAAGCACCUUGCUUUGAACCCAGGAGCAAUACCAAGUAUUCGUGUCCCAAUCCAAACUGUGAUGGGGAAACUACGGUCUGGUCCACACUCCGGAACAGAAGGUGGCGGUAAUGCACCUAAAAGCUGGAUGCCAACCGCCGUUAAAAAAGAAGAAGAAGAAGAAGGAGGAGGAGAAGUAGAAGUAGAAAUAGAAGAAGAAGAAGAAGAAGAAGAGACUGGAUGCAAGCUGCCGUUAAACCCCAAAGAAGAAGAAGAAGAAGAAGCAGAAGCAGAAGCAGAAGAAGAAGCAGAAGCUCAGGCUGGUGGAGCUGGAAUCAUGGCCGAAGCAGCGAAAAACCCCAAGAAAACAAAAUAUUUAUCGGAGGAGACGAAAAAAAGAAAGCGGGAGAGUAACAAGCUCAGUGCCCGGACCAGAGUAAACAUUGGCCCGGCGUUCACUCGCUGGCGGGAGCUGAAAGACGAGGAGGGAUGUCCGACCGAUGGGGAUCUAGCCAUGUUAUUGUUGGACUACUAUCAAAAGAAGGAAGGGACUUCAUCUCCCCCCCAACAACCCCCUGUACCGCCUAUGGUUUCCAGCAUAAAAGAGGAGCCGGACAGUGAUAGCGUUCAUUCUCCGAGUAUUGUGAAGGAAGAAGAGCGCCAUGGCUAUCCGGAUGAGGAUGAGGUCAAUGAUCCAAGGAACAACUUUACUGAAAUGGAUGAGAACUGGACAGACCCGAGAUUGUGUGAGGAUGGGGACAGGUCGGACGAGGAAUAUGCUCCGUUUCUGCAACUACAUGUUGGUGGUGUAACAUCACUGGCUGCGAACAUCGAGCAGUUUCAAGAAAUAAAUAUGGACGGGGGUGUGCAGAAUGUUACCAUCCCCGACCCCACAGACGAUGAAAUGUUAGAUAUGCCAGACCACCUGAAAGUUGUCCAUGAAGAUGACCUGAUGGAGAAGAGGGCCUGCAUCUCUUACCAUGACAACUUGGAGAUGCUGACCUCUUUUCUGCAAUUUCCUUUGAAAGCAUGCAACUACUCGGACAGAGAAACUGGUUUAAAAUGCCCAGGAAAAGCACCAUUUAAGGUUGAAAUAAGUGCCCGGGGAACUGGAGUUGUUUUGGAAUGGCUAUGCCCUUAUAGACACAGCCUCUGGAGGUGGAAUUCACAGCCACUUCUGAAGUAUGGGAUGCAAGCAGGGGACUUCAUGCUCUCCACAAACAUUUUAUUAUCAGGAAGCGACUACAGGAAAGUGGUUUUUCUGUUCCAAUGCAUGCAGAUGGGGAUGGUAGCAGAGUCGACAUAUUUCAAAGUCAAGGAUACCUACUGCAUCGAACCAGUUGACGAAUUCUGGCAGAACACAGUAAAGGAGAAGAAUGAUUACUCUUACAUUCCAGAACUGCAGAGAGCCAUUCUUAGGAAGAGGCUGCAAAGUGGAGGUGGCCUUCCCAGGAGAAAGGAUACAUAGGCCAGACGACCCCCGGCGCUUGGGGCGUCUGGCUCCAGUAUCGCCCCCCCAACACUGGAGCUAGUGAGGACACACGUGACACGUGAUGAGGUGUUCCCCAAAGUGAACACUGAGGAUCAGGCCUUGUGUGUGUUUGUACAUGGACAUGUGUGUAAAUACAUAAUCUCACUCUGACUGGCUAACUACGCACAAUCACACCGUUACCUGUACCCCCACCCAUACUGUCUGCUGCUACUGGAGUCAUUGUAUUUCUUUACAGUAACUUCUUACACGAUUUCAUAGUUCAGUUUUUAUUAUCAGUUCAUUAUUUUUAGUUUAUUUUUCUACUACUUUAUUUACACUUUAAAUACAUCACACUCCAUUCUUUACUUUAUUCACAGUAACUUAUACAACUGUCAUACAGUUGUUUUUCAUUACUGCUACUGUGAUACAGAUUACUUACUGUGUAUAAUAAUGUAUGGGAUAACUGCUGUCACUAUGCAAAUGACAAAGUUCAAGAAUUUUCUAUUUUCUGAAAGGUGUGUAAAUAAAA